CCCGCCUCACCCCUGACCAUUAUCGCUAUCUCCCACCACCGCACCCGCAACCUCCGAGUCGAAUACUCGCGCAACCCCACCUGUCGGCCCGUUCUGCCCCUCCCCCAUGGCGACGCCCGCCACCGCGCCGGCCCCGCCAAACCCUAACCCCGUCCCCGACGAGCCGCUGCCACCGCCGCAGGAGGAGGAGGAGGCGCCGGAGUCGCCGCCGCCUGCCCCCACCACCUCAAUCGAGCCCACCCCUUCAGGCGACGAGGAGAGCGAUGAUUCGUCGUCCGUCUCGUCGGCUUCCUCCGCCCCCGCGGCCGUCGCGGCGGGCGGUGGUGGAGCCGAGAGGCCUUUCCCCGCGGCGAAGGACCUCCUCCACAUCUCCUUCAACCAGGACUACGGCUGCUUCGCGGCGGGCAUCAAGUCGGGCUUCCGCAUCUACAACUGCGACCCCUUCCGCGAGAUCUUCCGCCGCGACCUCGGCACCGCGGGGGACGGCGACGGGGGAGGGGGAGGGGGUAUCAGCGUCGUGGAAAUGCUCUUCCGCUGCAACAUACUCGCGCUCGUAGGCGGCGGCGAUAACCCCCACUACCCGCCGAACAAGGUGAUGAUCUGGGACGACCACCAGAGCCGCUGCAUCGGGGAGCUCUCCUUCCGCUCUCCCGUCCGUGGCGUCCGCCUCCGACGCGACCGCAUCAUAGUGGUUCUUGAGAACAAAAUUUUUGUAUACAACUUCGCGGACCUUAAGCUUGUGCACCAGAUUGAGACGGCACCCAAUCCUAAGGGCCUCUGCGUGGUGUCGCAGCAGCCUGGGUCGAUCGUGCUGGUUUGCCCUGGUGCACAAAAGGGGCAGGUCAGGGUGGAACACUAUGGGGCAAGGAAGACCAAGUUUAUCAAUGCACACACUUCCCGUGUUGCAUGCUUUGCAUUGUCGCAGGAUGGGAGGCUGAUUGCCACUGCUAGCACCAAGGGGACGCUAAUCAGAAUCUUCAAUGCUGCUGAGGGCAAUCUUCUCCAGGAAGUAAGGAGAGGUGCUGAUAGAGCAGAAAUAUAUAGCUUGGCUUUCUCGAAUAAUUUGCAGUAUUUGGCUGUAUCCAGUGAUAAAGGCACAAUACAUGUGUUCAAUCUAAAGAUAAAUGAUAAGCCUCUGCCGACUCCAGAUCCCGAAAUUCCCCAUUUAAGUCCUCCUCUUUCUUUCAUUAAGGGUGUGUUGCCAAAAUAUUUCCACUCCGAGUGGUCAGUAGCUCAAUUCAGGCUCCAUGAGGGUGAGCAGUAUAUUGUUGCAUUCGGACAUGAGAAAAAUACCGUGACAGUUGUUGGUAUGGAUGGAAGCUUCUACAGAUGCCAGUUUGACCCUGUUAAUGGCGGAGAAAUGUUGCAGCUGGAGUGCUACAAUUUCUUGAAACCAUCAGAUCAACCGUAGGCACUUGACAAUCUAUCUUUCAUGAUCUUGCAGCUUCUACAGAUGCCAGUUUGACCCUGUUAAUGGCGGAGAAAUCUUGCAGCUGGAGUGCUACAAUUUCUUAAAACCAUCGGAUCAACCGUAGGUCCGUAGCGACAGCGACAUAACCGUCACCUAUUCAUAUUUCUUGUACCAGGGUUGUACAGUAUAUAUGUGCGCCCUCGUUCUUCUGAGGGCUAAGCAAAGCUAAUACUAUUUGUAAAUAUAUCUUGUUGGUUUCGAUUUCUGAUUAUGUUCUGUGGAGGGUUAAACGGACCUUGUGCAGAUGAACAUGAUAGAAUGCAUGGUUAUUAUGUUCGUGCAGAUGAACCUUAUAAGAUGACUGUCAAGUCUAUUGUGGAUUUUUAUUAUGUUCGUACA